CGGGCGGGGCCGGCUCGGUGAACGGGCGCUGAGCGGCACCCUGAGCUAGCGGCGUCCGGCUGCGGGCGAGCGGCGGGUCCCGCAGCCCCUCUGGGCCGCGCCUCCUCCCCGGCCCGGCUUCCUGGGGGAUGAAACUCGGCAGCGGCUUCCUCGGCGGCGGCGGCAGCAAGAGGGCGGCGGCCAUGGAGCCCACCUUCCCCCCCAGCAUGGUCAUGUUCAACCACCGCCUCCCGCCGGUCACCAGCUUCACUCGGGCGGCUGCGCCCCCGCCGGCGGCCCAGCACCCCUCGCAGUGCGUCUUGCCGCCGCCCCCCUCCGCCGCCUCCUCUUCCUCUGCGGCGGCCGAGACUCCCGCGCCGCCCCCCCCUCAGGACGUGACUUUCAAGAAGGAGCCGGCUGGGGCUUUCCCUUCCUCUUCCUCGCAGAGGAGCCCCUGGGGCUUCCUGCAGUCGCUGGUGAGCAUCAAGCAGGAGAAACCCAGCGAGGAGGAACAGCAGCAGCACUAUGGGGGGCUGUUUGGAGGGGCUGGGGAGGAGAGGCACCCAGCCCUGGGCAGUGGCAGCGGGGAAGGAGUCAGCCAGAGUGUGAUUCAGGACCUCAGCCUCCUCCACCACCUGCACCACCAUCCCCACCGGGACCUGUUACUGAGCAGCAGGAGCGAGAGCACCCCUGGGGGCUCUGAUGAGCCAAAGCACGAUGGCCAUGGCAAGAAGGUGAAGAGGCCAAAGCCAGAAUCUCAGGGAAUCAAAGCCAAGCGCAAGCAGAGCGCCUCAUCCAAACCCCCACUGGUGGGAGACACAGAAUCUGCCAUCUUGUCCUCAAGUCAGAAACCUCAUGUCUGUGAACACUGCAGCGCUGCCUUCAGGAGCUCCUAUCACUUGCGCAGACAUGUGCUCAUUCACACUGGGGAAAGGCCUUUCCAGUGCAGCCAGUGCAGCAUGGGUUUCAUCCAGAAGUACUUGCUCCAGAGACAUGAGAAGAUCCACAGUAGGGAGAAGCCAUUUGGAUGUGACCAGUGCAGCAUGAAAUUCAUCCAGAAGUACCAUAUGGAGAGACACAAGAGAACACAUAGUGGAGAAAAGCCAUACAAAUGUGACACUUGUCAGCAGUAUUUUUCAAGGACUGAUAGACUGUUGAAGCACAGACGAACAUGCGGUGAAGCCAUAGGUAAAGCAGGUGCAGGAAUGGAACCUGGAUCAUCAAAUCACAACAUGGGGAGCCUGGCUGUGUUGUCUCAGGGAAAUACAAGUUCUUCGAGGAGAAAAAGUAAAACAAAAAGUAUAUCCAUUGAUAACAAAGGACAUAAGUCUAGUAAUAAAGUAACUGAAACACAAGUUGCAAGUAAUAUGACCAUGCAGAAUUAUGCAGUAGAAGUUCCUGUUGUGUCUUCCAGUGGUGGCUUAGUUGGUGCUGGCAUGGAAGAAUUACAAAAAAAGGUGCCAAAGUUGGUCUUCAAAAAAGGAAACAGAAAAAAUGCAGACAAGAGUUACCUUAAUUUUGUGUCACCAUUACCAGAUAUUAUUGGGCAAAAACCAUUGCCUGGGAAACAAAGUGGCUCUCUUGGUAUAGUAACCAAUACUGGUGUAGAAGCUAUUGGCCUUCUUCAAAAUGCAGGUGGAAAACCAGGUCAAAUAAGUAGCAAUUAUGAUGAUGCCAUGCAGUUUUCAAAGAAAAGAAGAUAUUUGCAAACUGCCAGCAGUAACAGUGCCUUUUCUAUAAAUGUUGGACAUAUGGCCUCCCAACAGUCUGUCAUCCAGUCUGCAGGUGUAAGUGUUAUGGAUAAUGAAGCCCCAUUAUCUCUUAUUGAUUCAACAUCUCUAAAUACUGAAAUGAAGUCUUGCCAUGACAAGUCUGGAAUUCCUGAUGAAGUCUUGCAGAGUCUUUUGGACCAGUACUCUCACAAGUCAGAAGGCCAGAAGGAAGAUCCUUUCAGUAUAACUGAACAACGUGUAGACUUGCACCCCUCGGGAGAACAUUCUGAGAUGGUUCAAGAAGAAAAUAUGAGCCCAAAUUCUCAAACAGCUUCAAAUGAUAAGGCAAGCAUGUUGCAAGAAUACUCUAAAUACCUCCAACAGGCUUUUGAAAGAACGACCAAUAGCACUGGUUUUGCUUUUGGGCCCAGUUUCCAAUUUGUUAGUUUGUCUUCAACUCUCCAUAACCACAGUUUGUUUCAAGACAAACAGAUAUACACUACAUCUCCUCUUGAGUGUGGCUUCAGCCAGUCUGUUACCUCAGUGUUGCCAACUGCAUUGCCAAAGCCUCCUUUUGGGAUGUUGCUUGGAUCUCAACCAGGUUUUUAUUUAUCUGCUUUGGAGGCUACACAUCAACAGUUGACUCCGUCUCAAGAGCUGGAUGAUCUGAUAGAUUCACAGAAAAAUUUAGAGACUUCAUCAAACUAUCAGUCUACAUCUCAGAAAUUGAGUAGUCAGAAGGAACAGAAAAAUUUAGAAUCUUCAACAAGCUUUCAGAUUCCACCUCAGGAGUUAGCUAGCCAGAUAGAUCCCCAGAAGGAUGUAGAGCCUAGAGCAACAUACCAGAUUGAGAACUUUGCACAAGCGUUUGGUUCUCAAUUUAAGUUGGGCAGCAGGGUGCCAAUGACUUUUAUCACUAACUCUAAUGGAGAAGUGGACCAUAGAAUAAGGACUUCAGUGUCAGAUUUCUCAGGGUAUACAAAUAUGAUGUCUGAUGUAAAUGAGCCAUGUAGUACAAGAGUAAAGACCCCUACUAGCCAAAGUUACAGGUAAGGUCCCAAGUGUGACCAGGCUGUGGGGUCUUUUUAAUGUAAUUUUGUUCUAUUUUCAUAACACUGCCAUUGGAAUGUUUCUACAUGGUCCUGUUAAAAUAAUGUAACAUGCCCUUUCAAUGCAACUUUUCAUAUUUAGUUUAUUUUGUUAGUGUAAUUUUUUUUAGGUCUGUUUAUUAUGGGUUUUAAUAAUAAAAAAAAAAUCAAUAGAUUAAAAUAGGGUUUUUUUUUUCCAAAUGUUUAGCAAUCAAAUUUACAUACAUAGAGUGUCAGGGAAUAGCCCAAAAGUUUAAAAUGCAAAAAAUUAACUUUGUUCCUAGGAUUAAGGUUUAUUCUAAUUGCUUUACUCUCAGGAAAGUGUAACGAAGCAUGGAAAUUCUGUGCGCCAUUUGUAUACUGGAACUUCCAAUUUACAGAUAGUGGCAAUUAUAUUUCAACAUUUAAGGAAGGGAUCUAAAACAUUUUCAGACUGCUGUCUUUUAUAUCUAGGAUGAUCCAAAAUUCUGAGAAUUUCGCUACCUACAUCUUGCUGUAGCUUUUAAUGUACUCCUCUUCUUCCAGGUGACUCAUUCCAGAUUGGUCGGGCAAAUAUUCUUGGAUCCAUGAACACUUGAUGGUUGAGAAAGUCAUUAUCCAAGAUUGGAGGUUCCAGAUCCAGCUGGUGAGGGCCGCUGUUUGCUAAAAAUCAUUCAUAUCAGUUGACUUCUUGCUUCAGACUGCCUAAGGUGCCAACAGUGGGGACAUUGAGAGGAAUGAGAGCACAGGAGAGACAGGCUGGGAGCAGCCAUUAUUGGGUUUCUUGUGAAUGAGGAAUGCAUGCAUCAGGAUAAGAUAAGGUGUGAAAGCCAUCACAAAUGUCCAGAUGGACAAGAAGAAGUGGGAGACUUGGAAAGACCAGGAGACAAUCAGAAAACAUCCAUUGUAUCCCAUGUUAAACAUGUUAGCAGCAUUGAUGACCUCCGAGGGGUGGCAGGCACCCCCGAAGGCGAGACAACAAAAAGGAGAUAACGGUAUGAAGUCGGACAAUAACCAUCAAAUGAUAACACCACUUAAAGGCUAAUGAUUACAGGAUGACAUUGCAAAAUGCAUGGACUCAAAUGGGAAUUUACAACUAUAAAGCUGGGAUGUUUUUGCCAUGGAACUCUGGGUUCAGUCCUGCAAGGCCUUGGAGCAUCGGAUUGCGACCGACAGAACCCAGCUCCACACUCGUGCUCAAUCUAACUGGCCAUUAGAUUGACUUGAGCUACAACCGACUGAAAUACUGGCUCAAUAUUCAGGCUUCACACAAAGGAUCUGGCAAAAGGAAACCUGUUUCUCAACCUGGUGAACCUACUGAUAACAGUGGAUCAAGUACUUCAUCCAACAGAGUCCAUAUAAGAGACCAUGGUUACCAAAAUUCAGGCAGUCCUCGGACUUACAACACAGUUGGUUCCUGAAAAUUGCAUCGUAAGUCGAAAUGUCGUAACUCGGAACCGCAAUCCACUCCAUUGUGGGACCGAGCAUUGUAAAGUCAAAAACAAUUGUCGUAAGUCGAAUCAGGAUGUCAGUUCAGAUGUGUUAAAUGAGAGAAGGAGAAACACUGGUGCUCCCCUGGACUAUGUGUGGGCCUUUAUUUUGAUGAACACUCUCCCACUGGGUGCUGGGGGAGGCAAGUCACUGCUUCUAAU